GACACUUUAAAAAUUAUUAGUAAAAAUGACUCUAUUUUCAGGCCACAUUCUCAAAAUUCUCAGUAAUGUACGGCAAACAAUCUAUUGCAGAUAUAGUUCUCGGGCAACCAAAAAAUCUAAGAAAGCAACUGAUAAAUUUUCCCAAUACUUAAUUUUAAAAGCAUGUAUAAAUGACUAUCCCAAAAUACUAGAAAGUAUGCACCAGUAUUACUAUAAUUUUGAACCUACGUGUUACUCUAUAGGUUUACAUCAAAAUUCAAUAAUGGAUCAAAUCGCGAUGCAGAAAAUGGCCGAAGGGAUGACACUUGUUGCCAGGUGUAAAUAUGAUGGACACAUAGUAGGAGCAGCUAUCAACGAAUCGUCGAAUCCUUGGGAUCCCGAUUUAAAAGAAAAACUGGCUUGUCAUAUCAACUGCCCACAAAUGAAACAUUGGCUUCUUUUUCAAGCACAUCUACAAAGAUUUCCGAAGCUUUGGGAUUGUAUGCAUGUACAAAAGAUAUUUGAGAUGACCUACAUUUUCGUUAAAAGAGAGAUCGAACAUCCUGAAUUUUUAAUGCGAAUGAUGGAGGAAUCUCGAUCCUUGGCUGCAGAUUGUGGUUUUAAAGCUGUAAGAGUAAACGCGAGUACGUUUAAAAUAUCAGAGAUUUGUAAAAAAAUGAAAAUGAUACGUCAGGCAGAGCUUGCUUAUUGUUCUUAUUUGAGCAAAAAAUUGGAACCAAUAUUUAAACCGCCAUAUCCAAAUGAAUCUGUUAAAGUGUAUAUUGAUAAUAGUCCCCAGAAGAAUGCACGUGUAUUUAAAAGUACUUAACGAGUGUAUACUGUUUUAAUCAAAAUUUGAAAUAAAAUAAUGACCC